GUAAAAAUGUGUUGAAAAGCACAAUUACUAAAGGAUUAUAAUGGCGUCUAGAAUGUUGAAGCGAGCCGGCAUUUCUCCUGAAUUAUGCGAGCAACUCAAAAGACAUAAAAUAGAAAGUUGUAAGGAUCUGUUGACGCACACUGCUUUUGAAGCGAUGUACGCUGCAGGAUUGAGUUACCAGAAAACUUUGGGGAUGUUGGAGACUGUGAGCAAGGUCAUUGCUCCCCCACUCACCACGGCCUUGGAGUUGUGGAAGCAUUACUCAGACUCUUGCUUCUCAACAUCAUUACCUGCACUGGACAAAGUGCUGCGAGGAGGUAUUCCAUGUGGAGCCAUCACAGAGGUGACAGGGCCAUUUGGCUGUGGGAAGACUCAGUUGUGUAUGAUGCUCAGUGUUGUGACCACCUUGCCAAAGGAGCUGGGCGGCUUGGACCGCAGUGUGAUCUACAUUGACACUGAGUCAGCAUUCUCUGCCGAGAGGCUGGUGGAGAUUGCACAGAACAGGUUCCCAGACUACUUCCGCUCUCAGGAGAAAGUCCUGCAAAUGGCAGGUAGGGUCCAUAUCUUCAGGGAAAUGACCUGCCAGGAUGUCCUCUGCAGACUGGGGAAAUUGGAGGAGAUUCUCAUCUCGACCAGAGCUGGCCUGAUUAUCCUCGACUCAAUUGCUUCAGUGGUUCGAAAGGAAUUUGACACAACGUUGCCUGGCAACCUGAUACACCGUAGCAACCUGCUGGGACAACAGGCCAGCACCCUCAAAUAUUUGGCCCAUCAAUUCAACAUCCCUGUGGUCCUGACCAACCAGAUUACAACUCAAAUAGGGCAUCCAGGUUCUGGUCCACUUACUGAGGGGGACUCAGGCAUUGUGACAGCAGCUUUGGGGAACACAUGGAGUCACAGUGUUAACACGCGUUUUAUUGUCCAAUAUGUUGAUGGACUUCAGAGACAGCUAUUGGUCGCAAAGUCACCUGUAGCUCCCUUUGCUGUGCUGAACUACACGAUCCAGAAGGAAGGAAUCUGUAUGAACGGAAAUGACGGCGAGGAGACGUUUUAUGAGGGCACUGAUCCCAGCCUCCAGCCUAUCAGGGUGAGAACGGUGAUCAACCUUGAUACAACCUGAGUGGAUGCCUCAGAAGUACAGUGAAAGACAUGACCAUUUUCAUCAUCAUCAUCAUCAUCAUCCCAGUCACUCUUGUGAAAUUGUAUAAGACAGAAAAGCUUCUUCUCUUCUCGUCCCAUUUUUGUUCAUUUUCUGGAUUCUUGCUUUAGAUUUGGACCGAAUCUUCUUUCUUCAAAUUGCAAGAUGUUCGAUAGCUGAAUUGUUGAAGUUCCAAGGGUGCACUACUUCAAAGAGCGAAUGAGCUCGAAAACUUGUGUAUGUGAAAAUGUACAUUGGGAGAGACUUCAGGGUAAUAUCAUUAAAAAAAACAACGGAAUCUUGUACCAACAGUGUCGGUACAGUGAAGCCAGAGUCCAGCAUAUUGGUUGUAACUUAUUGUCGCUCAUCAGCAUUAUUAUUGCGCUCACUGAUCGACUAUAAACAUUUGUGUCUA